GCCAGAGGUUGAUAGCAAGAGAUACAGUACCAUUUGUGGAGUCCAACACUCGGGCCAAGAGCCAUGACUACUUUAUGGUUCCUCAUCUUAUGCGUCAUCUCGACAUCGGUACCUUAUGAAAUCACCCGCUCCAAGAUCUACCAAGAUCCUGAGUUGCCACAGGACGAGCUAGAAGCCAGAUGCCGAGACAAGGAAGGGGAGAUCUGUGGGUACUGUAAGCAGAUGGUGACCUGCGAUGUUUCAGGCCCAAUAACAACUAUGUGUGGCAAAGGGACGUGGUGCAGAACUGUUCCCUCUGGCGUGGAGACUAAUGCUGGAUGUUUCUCGGAGUGUCCGGAGUGCGAGUGCCCCUCCUUGGGGCAGGAUGGCCGCCUCUUCCCCGACCCCCUCGACCCACGAACGUACUUCGUUUGCGACGACUUCGCCCUCCGCGGCCAGCGCUUCUACAGAUGUCCUCCCGGCUCGCACUUCGACGCGCAGAGCGAGGCGUGCGAGUUGGAUCCUCCCACGACAGCAGCGCCUUCUACAACCACAGCUAACGCCUUGACCACAGCCACAUCCACAUCCUCGACCUCCUUCUUCAGCACCAAUCCUUCUAGUACGCCCACCCCGUCGUCAGCCACAGCCUCCAACACCGUCGGCUUGACGACUUCUGCCACCGUGUCACCCAACGCCUGCUCGCCCGUAACAGUCAACUGCACUUCUGAAGGCGAGUUUCUUUCCCCUUCGAACUGCCAGGAAUACUAUAACUGCGAGUUCGACUCCUCCAGCGGGUCGUACCAGCCCUCGUGUUACAGAUGUCUUGACGGAGAAGCGUUCUAUCCCGGCUGGGGAUGCCAGGACCCUCAGCACUUCGACUGCGGCGGAAUGGAAGGUCGAUUCCAGGAGGUGAGCGACUGCAGGAAGUACCACAUGUGUCUUCUUGUGGGCGAGAUAAUGUAUCACGAGGUCAUCACCUGCCCGAAUGGCCAGGGCUACGACGAGGUGCUGGGAGCAUGCGCACCUGCCGCCUGCGCCGACAAGUGUAAUAGUGUUAGUAAGGUGUGUGACAGGGAAUAG